CGUGCCCGGUUUCAUAUUUUAAGCCGUGCUCUGAAAGAGGCAGACAACAUUUCAGCUGACAAGCAAAAUGGCUCCUUUAUUUCCUUCAAGCGUGCUGCUCCUUGUUGCACUGUUGAGCUGGAAUGUCCAUUGCUUUCCUAAAAAAGGCUGGACCCAGCGUGCGUCUCGUGAUGGCAGUCUGUCAAACAUAAAGACACCCCCUGUCCUUUAUCGCUCAUCCCAAGGUGCUUCUGCUCAGUCGGCCAAUGAUGGUCCCGAGUCAUUCUUGCAUGAACCGGUGAAGAAGGGAGCGUACUCUAGUCCUAAACGCAAUCCAGCAAGCUCCAGGCUUCCUCCUGACAUGGUCUAUGAGGCUCCUGGUUUGGAACCUGUGGAAGAGUCUCCAGCUGCCCUCAGAGUGUCCAGAACAAAUCAGCCCACAUCUGAUGGUGGCUUUCCUGCCCCUCCCCAGACCCUACAAGCAGGUGAGCUUAAAAAUUAUGAUGAAAGCAUUGAGGAUGGUGACUGGGAAGAGGAAACUCAGGACUUGGUGCCGCCACCACCUCCAAAUCCAGGGUCGCUGUUCAAGGCUGGUGAGUUGAAGAACUACUUGUCGUCUUAUGAGCAUGGAGAUUAUGAGGAGGAAAUGGAAAGCCAAGAUUCAGCGCCACUUCCUUAUGUGGAGCCAGCUGCUUACAUGUCUAAUGAUGGUCAGGUGCCGUUUGAAUCAAGUUAUCCGUGGACAAGGGAGGACUAUGCCUACUACCUCUUCUUCACUGGUGGGCUCCCUUCAGGCACACUGUCACACUACAGUUCAGACUAUGAAGCUGGAAGAGACUACUACGAUGAUGCAGAAUAUGAGAGAUACGACUAUCCCCCUGAAGAUCCAGCCACCCCUGAAGAUCCAGCCACCCCUGAAGAUCCACCAGCCCAGGAUCCAGUGACCUAUCAAAAGUUCUAUUGAAAUCUGAAAUAAAAAAAAAAUCUUAACUAA